AUGAAGAGAGAAAGCGUAGAGAGCAAGCAAGAGACCUCACCAUCGCUGAGUCAACCUCAAGUCUCCACCCCCGGCGAUGAAAUCUAUAUUCCUCUCGAUCUAACGGUGGAGAUAAUCAAGAAACUCCGCUGCUUGAAGUCUCUCACGAGGUUUAAAUGCGUCUCAAAGCAAUGGUCACCAAUUGUCACCAACCGUAUAGACUUCAUUAAGAAGAUGAGGGCUCGGUCUGCUGCGAUACGGAAACGGAGCUGGAUGGGAGGAUUUGGGAGAGAGAGGACAAAGACAUCAUAUUGUAUGGGUAGAAAUAUAGGGUUAAACAGAAGAAGAAGCGGGUGUUUUCUGUAA